AGAGAGGGGAGGGUCCCUUGGCCCCCUUCGUGCGGAGGAGGAGGAGCCACGAGGAGGGCUACAGGGCGGGAUCUGAACUCGGCGCCCAGGGAGGCAAGACGAGAUGGAGGGGCCGGGGGUCCCACCCAGUAGCGCUUUUCGGAAGGAGAGGCAGGAAAGGAGGGAGGGGCGCCCGGAGAGAGUUUUUAGCUGGGGUGGGGGUGUUGACCCAUGGACCCAGAGCGGUGGGACCGAGGGGGUGGGGUGGGGGAUCAAGUGGGGAAGGCGGGCUGUGGGGCGCUGGACCCUCGAAAUGAAGGAGACCCCCCUCCUCCUCCUGUCCCACCAGCCUGCCUCCUGCUCACCACCACCACCCCCCGGGGACAUUUUGGGUUCCUGGAGGGGGGUGCACAGCCUGCAGCUGCAAUGCAAAGGGGUUUUUCUGGCUUAAGGCUCCCCCACCUCCCCCCCCCCGGGAUCCCAGCUGUGGGGAACCAGCGAGGGGCCAGGCAGAGCUUCAAGGUCGCCCCCUCCCCAGUGAAGCUAGCGGUGUUGGACUUGCAGGCAAGGAAGUGUCCCUGGCUCCCAGAGCAGGAAGGGGCGCCCUCCCCAAGAUCCAGAGCAGGAGCCGGGGGGUGGGUGGGUUUGCAGCUGACAUCCCAGCAGAUUUUCCCCAGACCUGUACCCCCCUACCACCCCAUUUAGGGAAUGAGAGCAGGGACCGGAGACCCCUCUGCACAGGGGUUUGCCCAAGAGGGGAUGCUUCUGAGAAGGGGCUUGGGUGCUUUUUCCUUUCCCUCCCCCACGUGGUUGUGGAGCAUCAGGGCGCCUCCUCUGAUCUCUUGCUUUCCAGCCAAGCUGGAGUCUGCAACUGAGCCUCUUCAGGGGGCUGCCAUUUUAAACCACCACCACCACCCCCCCCGGGUGGCUUCAGGCAGGGUCAGGAACUCUUUGCCCCGGAGUGGAUGUGCAGAGGUUGGAAGGAAAUAGUUCAAGGAGGGUGUGUGAACAUGGGACCAUCCCCAAUUAGUGUGGAUCAGUGGGUCAAAAACUCUGGAGGCAAAGGUGGUCCCCUCAGUUGUGUCUUGAAUCUGUUAUGGUCGUUCGAGGGACUGGCACAGGAAAUGUGUUUGUAGUGCGAAAAAGGAAUUUCCCACCCCUUUUAUUUCUCACCCUCCCAGGCAAGAGUGGAAAGACGUCCUUGAUAGCUUCUCCACCAUCUCCUGCGCUGGGCAAAAGGAAGAGAGCCACCAUGCAGUCAGCUCAGGAUGGAGUAUCCUUUGAAGAGGUGGCCGUGCAUUUCACCAAGGAGGAAUGGGCCCUGCUGCGGCCCGCCCAAAGGGCGCUGUACAAGGAAGUGAUGCUGGAGAACUUUUGGAAUGUGUCUUCUCUGGGUCCUCUGAUUGCUAAGCCUGAGCUCAUAGCCCAACUAGAAGAGGAAGAAGAGGGGUUUCUCGGGACCUUCGAUGAAGAGGAGGAACUGGCAGUGUUCAUGCCGCAAUUCUUUUCUCUUUCCACACGGGAAGUAUGUCAUCCAGCAAAUGAAAUGAACGAGCAUUGUGUGAAUGAAAAAGGAGAGACAUAUUCAGAUGGGGAAAAAACCACUGCAUAUUCUGGUGCCCUGAAAAAGAAAGAAGGAAAACAGUCAAUUGAAGAGAGAAGUAAUUCUGGUCCUUUCCAGGAGGACGAUUCUCAUAAAACUCCACCAUUUGAUAAAAUACAUGAAAAAUGCAAUAGGAAUGAGGAUGAUACAACAGGGGAAAGGCUUUCUAAAAAAUCAGAUAAAAAUCUUCAUUGCAGUGACCGUAACAGAAUGAAAAUCCUUAAAUCCCUGAAAUGUGCAAAGAGUUUUGGAGAGGAAAAAAAGAUAAUUUCUCAUAAAGGAAUUUACACACAGGAGACCAACUGUAAAUGCUUGGAAAGUGGAAAAAACCUUAUUUCCCAUCAAAUUUCCAACGGGCAGAAACCAUAUAAAUGCCUGGAGAGUGGGAAAGAUUUCAGUGGGAGUGGACAGUAUAUUUCACAUCAAAGAAUUCACACAGGGGAGAAACAAUAUAAAUGUCCAGAAUGUGGAAAAUGCUUCAGUGAGAGUGGAAAACUUACUUCCCAUCGAAGAAUUCACACAGGGGAGAAACCAUACAAAUGCCAGGAGUGUGGAAAAGCCUUCAGUCACAGCACAAGUCUUACUUCCCAUCGAAGAAUUCACACAGGGGAGAAACCAUAUAAAUGCCAGGAGUGUGGAAAAGCCUUCAGUCAAAGCACAAGUCUUGCUCGCCAUCAACGAAUUCACACAGGGGAGAAACCAUACAAAUGCCUAGAGUGUGGAAUAGCCUUCAAGCACAGUGCCAGCCUCACUUCCCAUGAAAGACUUCACACAGGAGAGAAACCAUAUAAAUGCCUGGAGUGUGGAAAAUACUUCAGUAGGAGUAGAAGCCUUACUUCCCAUCGAAGAAUUCACACAGUGGAGAAACCAUAUAAAUGCCAGGAGUGUGGAAAAGCCUUCAGUCAGAGAGGAAAUCUUACUUCCCACCAAAGAAUUCACACAGGGGAGAAACCAUACAAAUGCCCAGAGUGUGGAAAAGGCUUCAGUUAUAGCGCUAGUGUUACUUCACAUCAGAGAAUUCAUACAGGGCUGAAACCAUACAAAUGCCUGGAGUGUGGAAACUCCUUCAGUCACGGGACAAGUCUUGCUGCACAUCAGCGAGUUCACACAGUGUUGAAACCAUACAAAUGCCCCGAGUGUGGAAAAGGCUACAGUAAGAGUGGAAGCCUUACUUCCCAUCAAAGAAUACAUACACAGCAGAAACCAUAUAAUUGCCAGGAGUGUGGAAAAGCCUUCAGUCAGAGAGGAAAUCUUACUUCCCAUCAAAGAAUUCACACAGGAGAGAAACCAUACAAAUGCCCAGAGUGUGGAAAAGGCUUCAGUUAUAGCGCUUGUGUUACUUCACAUCAGAGAAUUCAUACAGGGCUGAAACCAUAUAAAUGCCUGGAGUGUGGAAACUCCUUCAGUCAUGGGACAAGUCUUGCUGCACAUCAGAGAGUUCACACAGGGGAGAAGCCAUACAAAUGCCCUGAGUGUGGAAAAGGCUACAGUAAGAGUAGAAGCCUUACUUCCCAUCAAAGAAUACAUACACAGCAAAAACCAUAUAAAUGCCAGGAGUGUGGGAAAGACUUCAGGCUGAGAGCAGAUCUUAUUUCCCAUCAAAGAAUUCACACAGGGGAGAAACCAUACAAAUGCCUCGAGUGUGGAAAAGCCUUCCGUCACAGCUCAAGUUUUACUUCACAUCAGCGAAUUCACACUGGGGAGAAACCAUACAAAUGCCUCGAGUGUGGAAAAGCCUUUAAUAAGAGUGGAAACCUUACUUUCCAUCAAAGAAUUCAUACAGGGCAGAAACCAUAUAAAUGCCUGCAGUGUGGAAAAGGCUUCCGGCAAAGAGUACAUCUUACUUGCCAUCAAAGUAUUCACUCAGGGGAGAAAACGUAAAUCUUGGACUAUAGAAAAAGGUUCAGUUCAAGUGUAAAAUUUACUUCUCAUCAAAGAAUUCACAAAGGGG